CCCAGCAGGCAGCCAGCAGCCCGAGAAGGCAGUGAGCAGUCCGACAGCCAGCCAGCCCAAAGUGACUCAAGAAAUGGAUUUGGGAGCUCCCAGGAGGCCCCGUCCCUGGCGGGCCACCAUGGGAACCUGGGGCACCCUCCUGCUCCUGCUGCUGCUCCUGGGUGGCAGCUCUUCCCAAGAGGAGGGGAAAGAAAACCAGAGCCCAACCUGCCCAAAAGAUACUAUCCGCUUCAAGCACCUCAGAAAAUAUGUAUAUAGCUAUGAAGCCGAGAGUGCCAACAAUGUGGCUGGCACUGCAGACUCUUACAGCGCCACCAAAAUUAACUGCAAGGUGGAGCUAGAGGUCCCCCAGCUGUGCAGAUUCAUCUUGAAGAUGAGUCAGUGCACGCUGAAGGAAGUGUACGGCUUCGACCCAGAUGGCAAAGCCCUGCUGAGGAAGACCAAGAACUCGGACGAAUUCGCCGCUGCCCUGUCCAGGUACGACCUCCGCCUCAGCAUCCCCGACGGGAAGCAAGUACUCCUGUACCCCGAGAAGGAGGAGCCGGCGCACAUUCUCAACAUGAAGCGAGGCGUGGUCUCUGCGCUCCUGGUGCCUAUGGACACAGAGGAGGGCAAGCGCGUGCUGGCCAUGGAAACCGUGUACGGAAACUGCUCCAGUGAUGUCACAGUUCGGGCAAAGAAAGAUGUUGGAACUGAAAUAUUGCUUGACAGAAACCUGGAAAAAUGUGAUAGAUUCAAGCCCAUCAGCAAGGCUGCUAGUCCAAUUGCCCUCAUCAAAGGCCUGGGCGGCCCCUUAUCAAAGCUGCUCAGCAGCCGGCAGGAGUGCGCGUACACUCUGGACCCUCGGAGGAAGCACGUGGCGGAAGCUGUCUGCAGGGAACAGCAUCUCUUUCUGCCCUUCUCCUACAAGAAUCAGUACGGCAUGAUGGCCCGCAUCACACAGACCCUGAAACUUGAAGAUACCCCCAAGAUCAACAGCCGCUUCUUUGAUGCAGAUGCUUUUCAGAAGAGAAGCCUUGCCUUGGAGAAUGUGGAGGCCACAGCCCCUGCCAAGGAGGGAGGGGAGGUAGUUCUGAAGACCCUUCAGGAGCUGCGGAAGCUGUCAACCUCGGAGCAGAAUGAACACCAAGCCAAACUCUUCAGUAGACUGGUCACCAGCCUAAGGGCCCUCAAUGAAGAGACCAUCACUUCCCUUUGGCCCAAGCUUCUCGAAGUCUCGAGCCCCCUUGCCCUGCAGGCCCUGGUACAGUGUGGGCAGCCCCAGUGCUACUCCCAUAUCUUGCACUGGCUGAAAACUGAGAAAACCAACCCUUUGCUGAUCGACGCAGCCUCCUACAUCAUGGCGUUGAUUCCCAACCCCUCUGCCCAGAGGCUGCGGGAGAUCUUCAAAGUGGCCCAGGAACGGCCAAGCCGCAUCACUCUCUAUGCCCUGAGCCACGUGGUGAACAAAUUCCACCAGAAAACUUCAAUGGUGUCACAGGAGCUGAAGGAGGUUGCUGACUACCUGACCUCCCGGCUUGGGAACGAGUGUGUUGGCAGCGAGGAAGCCACCUACCUGACCCUCAGGGUCAUUGGCAACAUGGGCAGAACCCUGGAGGAGGUGAGCCCACAGCUGAAGGCUUCCCUUCUGAAAUGCAUCCAGAGUCCGGCACCAUCCCUUUCGGUGCAGAAAGCUGCGAUCCAGGCCCUCCGGAAGAUGGAGCUGACCGAGGAGGUCCAGAACGUCCUUCUCCAGACCUUCCUGGAUGGCACCGCCCCUGAAGAGAAGCGCCUGGCCGCCUACCUCCUGCUGAUGAGGCAGCCGACCCUCCACAUGAUCAGGCACGUGAUCAUCGAUCUGCAGACUGAGACCAGCGAGCAAGUGAGGAGCUUCGUGGCAUCUCACCUCGCCAAUGUCCUGGUCUCCGAGGAGCCAAGUGUACAAGACCUCAGAAGCCAAGUGAAGGAGGCUCUCCAGGGCUCUCAGCUCCCCGCAGCCAUGGACUUCAGAAGGUUUUCUCAGAACUACCAAUUCUCCAAGACCUUUUCUAUCCCUAUCUUUGGCCCUUUCUCCUCCAAGGUAGAAGGGAACCUUAUGUUUGACCCCCACAAUUACUUACCUAAGGAGACCAUGCUGAAAACCACCCUCUCCGUCUUUGGCUUCCAUCCCACUGACCUCUUUGAGGUCGGCCUGGAGGGGAAGGGCUAUGAGCCCACCCUGGAGGCACUCUUUGGAAAGCAGGGUUUCUUCCCAGAUAGCGCCACCAAAGCCUUGUACUGGGUGGACGGCCGAGUUCCCGACCCAGUCUCCAAGGUUUUAGUGGACCACUUUGGCUAUACCAAGGAAGAGAAGAGGGACCAGGACAUGGUGAACGGACUGAUGCUCAACUUCCAGAAGCUCGUCAAGGACUUGGGGUCCAGGGAAGCCCCCGAGGCCCAGGCCUACCUGCGCAUUCUGGGCGAAGAGCUGGGCUACGUCAGGUUGGAGGACCUCAAGGUCAUGGGCACAGCGCUGCUCAGGACGGUGAAGUCCUUGCAAGGUCUUCCUCAGAUGAUUGCAGAGGCCCUCACCAAAGGCUCCAAGAACGACCUCUUUGUUCACUAUAUCUUCAUGGAAAACACCAUUGAGCUCCCUACCGGAGUUGGGCUGCCACUCCAGCUGUCCACAUCUGGCCUGGUCACCCCUGGAGUCAAGGCUGGGAUGAAGCUUCAGUGGGCUAAUAAGCAGGCAGAGCUGGUAGCCAAGCCCUCAGUGUCUUUGGAGUUUGUGACCCACCUGGGGGUCACCGUCCCAGACUUUGCCUGGAGCGGGGUCCAGAUGAACUCUAACCUCUACCAUGAGUCUGGCCUGGAGGCUCGCUUGGCUCUGACCAAGGGCCAGCUCAAGUUUGCCAUUCCUGCUCCCAAGAACCGGGUCAAGCUCUUCAAAGCCAGUAACACUCUCCAUCUGGUCUCUACCACUGAGUACUCCAAGGUGAUCCCACCCUUGAUCGAGAACCGGAAAUACUGGUCAGACUGCAGACCCUUCCUCAGGGGCCUCAACUACUGCUCCACCCUGGCUUAUUCCAAUGCCAGCUCCAUUGAGGCCGCCCCCUACUACCCGCUCACAGGAGAUACCAGGUUCGAACUGGAGCUCGAGCCCACGGGGGAUGUAGAGGAGUACACGGCCAGUGUGAAUUAUGAGCUGCAGGGGGAGGGUAGGGACUUGGUGGAUCAGCUGAGGUUCGCUGUGCAGGCCGAAGGACGGGUGCCCAGUGCAGCCACGAUGACGCUCAGAUACCACCGAAGCCGCAUGGCCCUGACCAGUGACCUCCAGGUGCCAGACUUGGCGGUGGACCUUGGUGCCAGCCUGAGAAUCCAGGACCAGUCGGAUGAGGAGAACAUGUUCUACAGCCUGAUCUUGGACGUCCAGAACAGCAAGGUCACAGAAGCGACCUUCACUGGCCAUGUCAGGUGUGACCGGAAGGAGCAGGGCACAGUUGGUGUCAUAUUAUCCGUGCCCCUCCUGCAGGCCGAGGCCAGGAGUGAGACCCUGGUGCACCGGUCCUCUGAGAAGCUUCUGGUUCAGAUAGACAGCUCUAUGACCGCCCUUGGCACAACAGUCUCCAAGAAAGUAGCAUGGCGUUACGAUGAGAGGAAGCUUGAAUUUGAAUGGAACAUGGGCAGUAACACAGAAACUAAGAAGCUGGCACCUACGCUCCUUACACAGGUCUCCAGGUAUGGCGGGAGCUUACAUCAGUACUCACAAGACUGGCUGGACCGCAAGGUCGCUCACACGGACAUGACCAUCCGCCACAUUGGCUCCAAAUUCAUAGCGGCCACCAAUACGUGGUUUCAGAAGGCGUCCCAGGGUCUUCCUUAUGCAGAGACCCUGCAGAGGAAGCUCCAAGGCCUCCAGGAAUGGGAAAUGCCAGAGCUCCAUGUCCCCGACAACCUGUUCCUGAAAAGUGAUGGCCGAAUCAGAUACAUACUGAACAAGAAUCAUGUGAAGGUCGAGAUUCCUUUGCUUUUUGGUGGGAAGUCACUGGAGCAGCUUCAGCCAAUCCGGAUGCCAGCUCUGGACCUCCAGGCCAUCGGACUCCAGUGGCCUGCGCGAGAGUUCAGGCUGCCACCACUGACCAUCCCCAAGUCCUACUCCCUUAGGGUUCCCCUCCUGGGUGUCCUGGAGCUCUCCACCAACAUCUACAGCAACCUCUACAACUGGUCAGCUUCCUACACCGGCGGAAACACCACCGCUGAUGCAGCCGGGCAUGUCAGCUUCCAGUCCCGGUAUCACAUGAAAGCUGACUCAGCCCUCAGUCUCUUCUCCUACAGUCUGCAAGGAUCUGGGGAAACAACUUAUGACCACGGGAACACAUUUACUUUAUCCUGUGAUGGAUCUCUGCACCACAAAUUUCUGGAUUCAAAUAUCAAGCUCAGCCAUGUAGAAAAAUUUGGGAAUAAUCCAGCUUCCAAAGGUUUCCUAACAUUUGAUGCUUCCAGUGACUUGGGGCCACAGGUGUCCUUUUCAGUCCAUUUAGAUUCAAAGAGGAAGCUUCAUUUGUCUGUCAAAGAAAUCAAAGCAGACGGUCAGCUCACAGCUUCUUCCUUGUAUGCUAAGAGCACGUAUGCCUUGUCCUACCAGAGAGAUGUCACCACAGGCCAGAUUAGUGGAGAGUCCAAUCUGAGGUUUGACUCCUCCUUCUUCCAGGCCACCAACCAGGUGAUGGGCAGGUAUGGGGACGGAAGCCUCUCUGUCACCUCUUCCUCCAACCUACAAGACGGCACUGUAAAAAACACUGCUUCCUUGACAUAUGAAAAUAGCCAACUGACUGUGAAAUCAGAUACCACUGGAAAGUACUCUGACCUUGUGGGUGCCCACAAGCUGGACCUGACCUUGGCACGGCAGAGUGCUCUGCUCCGAUCUGAGCACCAGCUUGAUUUCCGGACCCUGAAGGUCUUCACCCUGCUCUCAGGGUCCCUCAAUUCCCGUGGCCUUGAAUUAAAUGCUGACCUCCUGGGCACAGACCAAAGUAGCAGCGGAGCUCACAAGGCCACUCUAAGGAUUGGACAAGAUGGCGUGUUGACUAGUGCUACCACCAACCUCAAGAUCCUUCCGCUGAUGUUCGAGAAUGAGCUGAAUGCUGCCCUGGGACCUCUGGGAACAUCCUUAAAGGUGACAACUAGUGCACGCUACCAGGAACACAGUGCAAAAUACACUCUGGACGGAAAGGUGGCUCUCACAGAGGUAGCCCUGGGAAGCGUGUACCAGGCCACAGUUCUGGGCACGGACAGCAAAAACCUCUUCAACUUCCGAAUUAACAAAGAGGGGCUGACGUUGUCAAAUGACUUGAUGGGGUCCUAUAAAGAGACCAAGCUGGAAUAUGUGAACAGCCUGGCUAUUGCUGAGUGGUCCUUGGAUUUCACCUCCAGAGUUGAUAACGUGCUAAGCCAAAACAAACUUUAUCAACAGAGCUUCAAUCUCCAGCUUCAACCUUACUCUCUCUUGGCUACCUUGAACAACAACCUCAGGUACAAUGCCUUGGAUCUCACCAACACAGGGAAGUUGAAGUUAGAGCCACUAAAGCUAAAUCUGGGGGGUAACAUGAAAGGCACCUAUGGGAACGAGGAGAUCAAGCACAUCUACACCCUGACAUAUGCUGACUUGUCUGCAAGUUACAAAACAGACACUGUGGGCAAGGUGCGGGGCACAGAGCUGACCCACCACGUCAGCGCCAACCUUGCCGGACUGGCUUCUUCCAUUGACAUCAACACUGCCUUCACCUCAGAGUCCCUGCGUUUCAACAACGUCUUCCAUGCCAUGAUGGAGCCAUUCGUGUUGGCCAUGGACGCUCACACCAAGGGCAAUGGGCACCUGAUCCUGGGUGGAAAGCACACGGGUCAGCUCUACAGCAAAUUCCUUCUGAAAGCAGAGCCUCUGGCCCUUACAUUCUCCCACGAUUACAAAACAUCUUCAGACCAUCAGCUCCUUUCCGGUAGGAGCAUCGAGACCGUGCUGGAUCACAAAAUCAGCACCCUGUUGACUCCAGCUGAGCAGUCCAACACCUGGAAGUUCAAAGUCCUGGCCAACAAAAAUGAGUAUAACCAUGACCUCCAGACUUACAACACCAAGGACAGAGCAGGCAUGGAGCUCAGGGCUGGGGCUGUUGCCGACCUCACUGUGCUUGACUCAUCCAUUGAGCUGCCAUCUUUGUUCAAGGAGCCUGUUAAUGUUAUUGAUGUGUUUGACUUGAGGACCAUUGUUGAUAAGCCUCAGGAAUUCAGUCUCACUGGUAGUAUCAAGUAUGACAAGAACCUGGAUGUUCAUGUGAUCAACCUUCCAUUCUCGGAGAGCCUGCCAGCUUAUUUUGAGAGGAUCCGAGGGGCCAUUCUAGCCACCCUCCAGAACCUCCAGAAGUACCUGAAAAGCAUCAACAUUGACCACUAUGUGAAGCAGUACCGAGCAGCCUUAGAUAAGCUCCCACAACUGGUUAAUGACCUUCUCAUUAACUUUAAUUUUGAAGGACAAGUUAUAAAUGCAAAAGAGAAACUAAUUGCUUUUAUGGAAAAUUAUAAGAUAACAGUUGAUGAUCUACAAAUUUCGUUGGACAAUGCCAAAAUUAGACUCGAUGAAAUCACAUCUCAGUUACAGACUUACUUGAUACAAUUUGAUCAGUAUAUUAAAGAUAAUUAUGACCUACAUAAGUUAAAAGAAUCAAUUAUAGAACUAAUCAAUGAAAAAGUUAAAGAAUUAAAGGUUUUUGAGGAAAAUUAUAAAAUCCGUUAUUAUGUAAUGAGAUCAAUCCAAGAUGUGUAUGGAUUGGUUGAAAAAAUCAAUGUAAAUAAAAUCCGCUUCAUGGUCUGGCUUCAAGCUCAGAUUCUUGAGAAGCUGCAGCAGCUGAACCAACAGAUUCAGAAUAUCGAUUUCCAGUACUGGGCUGAUUGGCUGAAAGGGCAAGUUGAGGACAUUGAUGUCAGAGUGUGUACAGAAUUCUUGAGAACAUCAUUGCCAAUCCAAGAAUUAAGCAAUAUUGUUGAGUAUAUCAAAGAUAUUGUCAUGAAUCUUUUGGAAGAUUACAAGGUGGCUGAGAAGAUCAAUGUUUUUCGAGCUAAAACCUAUGAGCUUAUUCAUAAGUAUGAAGUACACAAACAGGUCCAGGUCCUAAUGGAUAAAUUAGUCCAACUGGCCAACCAAUACAAGCUGAAAGAAACCACUCAGAAACUGACCAAUGCCUUGAAAAAAAUGGAAAUCAAAGCGUACUUUGAGAAACUGCGCACUCUUGUUGAUAAGGCCGUCAAGAAAGCCCAGACAGCUCAAUUUGAGCAGCUGAUUGACGAAGUGAACAAAUUCCUUGACCUCUUAGUAAAGGCGCUGCGGUCUUUUGAUUACAACCAGUUUGUGGAUGAAGCCAACAAAACAAUCCAUGAGCUGAUCCAGAAAAUCAAUGAAGAAAUCCGAGCUCUGGAGCUUCCACAGAAAAUUGAGGCCACCAGAUUGUAUGUAGCAAUGGUCGGAGCCACACUCGCCGACUACCUGGACGAGAUCAAAGAUACCCAGCUGACAGUGAUCACUGACUGGUUCUGGGAUGUCAUGAGUUCGACUUAUGUAACUGACAUCACAGAGAGAUUUCAGGAAAUCCUCGAAGACACACGAGACCGACUCUACAAAUUGGACAUUCAGAGGGAAAUCCAUCGUAGCCUACAAAUCAUCAGCCAGGUUUACAACACCCUCGUCACCUAUAUCGUGGACUGGUGGAUGCUGAUUGCCAAAGAGCUAACUGACUUUGCUGAGCAGUACCACAUCAGAGAUUGGGCUGAGAGUGUAAAAAGGCUGGUGGAGCAUGGCUUCACUGUCCCUGAGAUCAAAACGGCCCUUGGCACCCUGCCUGCCUUUGAGGUUAGUCUCCGAGCUCUACAAGAAGCCACCUUUCAGACUCCUGAUUUCAUCGUUCCCCUGACAGACUUAAGGAUCCCUUCUGCACAGAUCAACAUAAAGAAAUUGAAAGAAAUGAAGGUUGCAACCCAGUUUACCACCCCAGAAUUUUCCAUCCUCAACACCUUUGUGGUUCCAUCCUUUACAAUUGACCUCAUAGAAAUCAAACUCAAGAUCAUUAGGACCAUUGACCAAAUCAUGUCCAGUGAAUUCCGGUGGCCCCUGCCAGAAAUCUCUCUGCAGGAUUUGAAGGUGAAAGACACACUUCUUGCCGCACUCACCCUACCAGACUUCCAUCUCCCAGAGGUGACCAUCCCAGAAAUUGUCAUUCCGAAGCUCAGCCUAAAUGAAUUUCAGGUUCCUGAUAUUCAGAUCCCAGAAUUUCAACUUCCCCAAAUCCCCGACACAGUCAUCGUCCCAACCUUUGGCAAAGUGUCUGCUGCUUUGAAAAUCACAUCUCCCUUUUUCACCCUGGAUGCCAGUGGGUUUGUUGAGAACACAACUACCUCAGAAAGGAGCCCAGAGAUUUUGGCCUCCAUGACUGCAGAAGGACAAUCCACAGUGGACCUCCUGGCUUUCACUUUUCAAGCCAAUGCACACCUCUCAGCCCCUGAAAUGGAAAGGCUGAUUUUGAAGGAAUCUCUACAGUUAUCCAGCAAGUACCUGAAGGCAGAGCAUGACAGUGAGAUGAUGUUUUUGGGAACCUCCAUCCUUGGCAAAGCAAACACUCUGGCCAGUAUCCACACAGACAAAAAUACAGUGGAGCUGGGCAACAACCUGUCUCUCAAGCUAGAGAAGCAAGUGACCUUUGACAGUAACACAAAAUAUUCUCAUAAACUGAACCUUCCUCAAAUGGACUUUUCAAGCCAGACGGACCUGCACCAUGAGCUGAGGGUGCUGCUGGUGCUGGGGCACGUGGCAGUGAUUUCCACUGGGACGGGGUCAUGGAAAUGGGCCUGCCCCGACUUCUCAGAUGAGGGGACGCACAAGUCCCUACUCAGGUUCACUGUGGAAGGACCAGUAGCUUCAUUGGACAUGUCCAAUACCAUCAACAGCAAACACAUAAAAGUGAACCAAAAACUGUCCUCUGAAUCUGGUUUCCUCAAUUUUGCCAAAUUUGAAAUCCAAUCUGAAGUUCAGUCCCAACAUGUAGGCCAGAGUGUGUUGAAUGCUCGAGGCUCAGGGAUGCUGGGAGAGAUGAAGGGAGAGCUCAUAGGCACCCAUGAUGCUCGCUUAAAUGGGAGGGUUACUGGAACCUUGAAAAACUCUCUGUACCUCGUGGUGCAGCCAUUUGAGGUUGGUGCAGAAGUGAACAAUGAAGGCAACAUGAAGGUGAGCUUUCCCCUAAAGCUGACUGGCAAGAUUGAUUUCCUCAACAACUAUGCUCUGGUUCUGAGCUGCCACGUACAGCAAGUCAGUUGGCAAUCAGGUGCCAGGUUCAAUCAGUACAGAUACAGCCAGAAUUUCUCUGCUGGAAACAGCGAGAACAGCCUUGAAGCUCAUGUGAGCAUGAAUGGGGAAGCCAACCUGGAUUUCCUAAAUAUUCCUCUUACAAUUCCUGAAAUGACUCUGCCUUAUACCAAGAUCACGACUCGCCCUCUGAGAGACUUCUCCCUGUGGGAAAGGACAGGCUUGAAGGACUUCCUGAAGACCACCAAGCAAUCCUUUGACUUAAGUGUUAACGCUCAGUACAAAAAGAACAAAGACAGUCAUUCCAUCCUGUUCCCCCUCGGAGCUGUUUAUGAUGCCCUCAAUCUAAAAAUUGAUGCUCUCCAUCAGCACUUUGAGAAAGGCAGGGACCAAGCAUUAGAUUUCCUAGCAAAGUCAUACAAUGAAGCAAAGGUCAAGUUUGAAAAGUACAACGUGGAAACGUCCCUUGACAAGCUCCCUAAGACCUUGAGGAUUCCAGGCUACUACAUCCCAAUGCUCAACAUCAAAGUCUCCCCAUUCACAGCAGAGAUGCCAGCAUUUGGCUACAUGGUGCCCAAGGAGAUGAGCACCCCUGGUUUCACCAUCCCUGGCAUUGGCUUCUCCAUGCCAUCUUAUACCCUUGUCCUGCCAUCCCUCGAGUUUCCAGUGCUUCAUGUGCCAACGAGCCUCCAAAAGCUCACCCUCCCAGAAGUCAAGAUUCUGAGGCCAUCAGACCACAUCCCAAUUCCAGCCAUGGGUAACUUCACCUACGAUUUUUCCUUCAAGUCAAGUGUUAUUACACUGAACACAAAUGUGGGCCUAUAUAAUCACUCAGAUAUUGUGGCUCAUUUCAGGUCAUCCUCUUUCUCCGUCAUCGAUGCUUUACAGUAUAAGUUAGAUGGGACGACUAGUUUGACCAGGAAAAGGGGCCUGAAGCUAGCCACGGCUCUCUCCUUGAAUAACAAAUUUGUGGAGGGGAAUCAUGACAGUACCAUCAGCCUGACCAAGAAGAACAUAGAAGCCUCUGUGAGCACCAUAGCCAAAGUCCAGUGCCCAAUCCUGAGAGUGAAUUUCCAGCAGGAGCUCACUGGGAACGUGAAGUCCAAGCCCACCAUCUCUUCCUCCAUCAAACUCAAGUAUGACUUUAACUCUGCCCAGUUGCGCAGCAGUGCCAAAGGGAACGUAGACCACAAGCUCACCAUGGAAAGCUUUGCCCCUUACUUGUCCAUUGAGGCAGACACCAAAGGCAGUAUGAGUGGCUCAGUCCUUUCCCAAAAGUAUUCUGGGGCCGUCUCCAGCGAGGCCAACUCCUACUUGGACACCAAGAGCAUGCGCUCUUCAGUGAAGCUUGAAGGAACCUCCAAAGUGGAUGGCAUCUGGAACAUGGAGGCAAAGGAAACCUUUGCCGGGGAGGCUUCUGUCGGGCACAUCUACGCUAUCUGGGAACACAGCGGAAAAAACCAUUUACAGCUGAGGAGGGGGUUUUCAACAAACGGAGAGCAGAAUAGCAAAGUGACAUUAGAGUUGGCUCCGUGGACAGCAUCCAGUGUGAUUCAGGUGCAUGCCAGCCAGCCCAGUUCUCUCUUUAAGAAGGCCUCCCUUGACCAGGUGGUGACCCUGACUGCCAGCCUCAAGGAACAGCGGGCCAGCUGGAAAGGUGAGGGCCACAUUCAGACAGCGUCCCUCAGUCACAACCUUCAGCUGUCUAAUGACCCAACCGAAAUCCGUCUGGACAUGGCCAGCUCCUUGGAAGGCUACAUGUCCUUCCUGAAAGACACCCUCCUGCCAGUUUAUGACAGUAGUCUGUGGGACAUCUUGAAGCUGGAUGUGACCACCAGUGCUGACAAGAAACAGUACCUCCAUAUUUCCAGCGCCCUUGUUUAUACCAAAAGUCACAAUGGCAAGCAGUUUUCUAUCCCUGUGAAAGAAACAGCCAAUGAAUUCAUCAUCUCUGGACCAGAACUGAAGUCCUUGAUCACACCAACCUCCAGCCUUGAGAGUGGCUACAUAAAAUUAGCCAAGAAGACAAGCGUGGCACCAUUUGCUCUCAAUUUACCGUCACUGCCCCAAGUAAAAUUUCCCAAAGUGGAAGUGUCCACAGAAUACUCUACGCCAGAAGGGUCCACACUUCCCUUUUUUGAGGUGACUGUACCUGAGUUCCAGAUAACCCUGUCCCCAUUCACUCUCCCCAAAAAGCUUCCCUUCGCCGGGACCAUCUUGGAUCUGAAUGAGGUGGCUAACAAAAUUGCAGACUUUGACCUGCCGAGCAUCACCAUGUCUGAGCAGAACAUCAAGGUCCCAACUCUGACCUUCUGGCUGCCCGCAGGAAUCUUCCUGCCUUCCUUUGGAGCUCUGGCUGGAGACUUCCAAGCAGCAUCACCAGUCUACAACACUUCCUGGAACGCCAGCCUGAAGUGGAAAGAAGACCAUUUGGAGACUGCGCUCGAGGCCACGUGCAGCAGCACAGUGCAGCUGCUAGAGUACGAUCUCAACUAUGGGGCCACAUAUGCCUUUGAAGAUGGUGUCUUGGGGGGGAAGGCAUCUGGCUCAUUCUCCCACAAGGAACUGAGUGCUGAGUAUGAAGAUAGCUUUAGGUUUCAAGGCCUCAAAAACUUGGAGAAAACCACAACCUUCAAAGUCACCAGUCCCACCUUCACCAAUGUCCUCAUGAACUACCAGAAAGACAGAAACAGCUGCUCCCUGAUGAUCUCCUCUUCUCCCAUCGGCACCCUGGGCCUGGAUUCCCAGAAAAGCCCCCAGGUUCUUCAAAAAAAGAUAUACUACCUCCCCCAGGUCUCUCCUGAAAGGAAGCUGGACCUAAUGGAGAUAGUGAUGUCACAGCAGAGUCCUGACGUCCUUCAGCUCAGAGUGAACUGGAAUGAGGAGGCAGUCUCCGAGCUGGCACAAACCCUGGCAGCCACCUUGCACCGGGCAGGAGAGACCCUCUACCUCUAUGCAGACAGGUGUCACCGGGAGCAGACCGGCCUGGAUUUCAGCAGUGCCUCUCGCAAGCUGUGGAUACUCCUCCAGAAGACAGCAGACGAAGUAUAUAAUGGGGCCCUAAACCAGAUAGAUGAGGUGGACUCGGAGCUGCGCCGGGCCACCAGCAAGGCCGCCGACACAUUCCAGCAGUGGGAGGACAGCGCUCAGCAUCUCUACCAGGCAGAACAAGCCAAUGUCUGGGAUCUCAAGAACCAGGCCUUCGACGGGGCCCUGAGGCUCACACAGGAAUAUCACAAGAAAACCCUGCUGCUGAUGGACUCCAGCGUUGAGCUGCUGAAGGUCAGCCAAUUCCAGCUGCCGGGGCAGGCCACUGGGUACACAGGUGAUGAGCUCUACUCCAUGGUCCUGCACCAGGCUGGUAAGGCCUUGUCCCAGGCUUAUUCCAGAUUCCACCGAGCCUUAGAAGCACUGAUUUCCUACAUAAAGGAUCUGGAUGAGAACGCAGCCUUCCCAGACCUCCAAAAGAGACUCGGGGAACUUCGAGAGAAUCUGGAGGGAUUUUCCGAGGACAUCCAACACAAGCUCAAUUUGCUUCAGGCAGCCAAAUUUUCAGACAUUCUGAUUUCUCUGCAGUCAUUCACUGAUGAGGUUUUCCAACAGGUGGAAAAAAGUAUUACAGUUUUAAAGGAGAAAACAUUUGCUUCUUUCAAAAAUGAAUUUCUAGACCUUGUUGGCUUCAUUUCCGAUCUCACCCCACGGGUACUUAUACACCUGAGAAAUAGUCUCUGGAAUCUGCAUUCAUUUGUUCUGACCCAAUUUCAGGAAAUUUCUAGAAAACUAAGCCAGCUUCAUGACUAUGUGAAGAUUCUUCGGGAAGAAUAUUUUGACCCAAAUGUUGUUGGAUGGACAGUGAAAUACUAUGAAAUUGAAGACAAGUUAAUCAAUUUGGCCAGAAAAAUCAUCGAUGCCCUGAAGGAUUUCCAAUCUAAAGCCUUUGAGGGUUUUCUCACCUGGGCUUCCAAACUGACAGAUGAAGUAGAAAGGCUCACGAACACAAACGUCCAGAAGUACCUUGACCUCCUCCGUGAUGCUGAUGGAAAAGGAAAAGAGAGGCUCCGUGAGGUCUCCAUGGCGGCCCAGGAAAGGAUUGGCGUGUGGGCCACAGCAGCCAAGAGGAAGGCUGCGGAGCAUCAUGAGCUGCUUGUGGCCCACCUGCAAGGCGCCUCAGAUGGGCUCUCUCGGGGUCUCCAGUGGGCCACUGAAAAGGCAAUGAGGCUCAUCAGCCUCUCUGUCCAAGGCUGCCAUGCGCUCCUUAUGUACAUGGCUGAGCUUCUGUACAGCCUCCAGGGGGUGACCACCAGCUACGUUCAGGCCCACCCAGGGCAACUGACCAUCAGUGUGCCCUACCCUUUUCACUAGCACCAAUUCACCAAAGAGCCCAAACUAAAGGGCAGUGUCCUUGGGGGAAACCUUCAGGGACUCACACAAGACAACUCCAAAAAGAAGGAAGACCUGGAGAGUGGCUGAUCAUCCCCUUGCUGAUGGCCAGCUCACUGGGCACCUGAUUGCUGAGCAGAUGAAGAAGCAAAUCUAGGCCUGAGUGACCCAUGUUCUUGUAGUGCAUUCAAAGAUGGCACCACUCACCCUGGGACAGCUUGGAGUCCAUGAGUCUCCCCCUUACGAAGAACUCACUUCAUCCAAGGGCAUACAAUUAGAGGAUGUGGAAUUGUAUUGGUGACAGGUGCUGCUAAUCAGGGUGUCAGAACUUUAUGGAACUAUGACUUUGUAAGGUGGGGAGAGAGAAUGAAAAUUAUAAUCUGAGUUAUUUAGCUGGACUUGGAAAAUACAAAUAAAUGAAUUGUUUAUUAUAUCUUCUUAA